AGGCAUUUUGGAUAAAAAAAAAAUGGCAACCACCGCAACAGUAGCUCAAUUCUUCCUCCACCGGCAUAUCUUCCGCCCACUAUGCGCAGUUCCUUUCUCUCUCCUCCACCGACCAAAAAAACUAUCUUUCUCUCUCCUAAAACCUCAAAAACACCCAUUUUUACCCCCACUUUUUUGCACCCUUGAAGAAAACAAAAACCUUAAUUUCGACGAUUUUAAGGAUAAUGAAGAAAACCCAGUUACUAAAAUUCAAGAAGAAAAUCCAGUUGUUAAAAUUCAUGAAAUUAAGGAAUAUAAAGAAUUGCCUAAUUUGACAGUUAAGGAAAAAAAGGAUCUUUGUUCUUUUGCAAACAGUUUGGGAGAUAAGCUUAAAUCUCAACAAGUGGGGAAAUCUGGUGUUACUGAUAAUGUUGUUUUUGCUUUGUCUGAAACUCUUGAAGCUAAUGAACUUCUUAAGCUUAAGAUACACAGAACCUGUCCAGGUGAGAUGGAAGAUGUUGUUAAGCAGCUAGAACUUGCUACUGGAUCUGUUGUGGUUGGCCAGAUUGGCCGAACUGUCAUUUUCUAUCGCCCAAGCAUUACAAAGUUAGAGGCUGAGAAGAAGAGAGAACAUUCUCGUAAAGUAUUUGCUCAGAGGAGGGAGAAGGCGCAGGCUGCUUUCAUGAAAAGAGAACAAUUACCAAGACGGCCAGGACGAGGUCAGUAUGGAAGUCGAAGAUCUGAGAAUAUUGCUUCAUAGCUUAGCUUUUAAAUCUUGGGAGCAAUAGCAUCUCACUUCAUCAUAGUGUAGAUUCAUGUUUUUCCUAAUUAGAGCUGCAAUUCUGUAAAAUUUUGAGUACUUUAAUGCUUUUGUAUACUUGAAACCCUUAUUAGGAAGUGAAAAUAUAUUAAACUUCUCACUUCUCAGAUAUGAAUUAAGAGUUUCUCACUGUA